AUGAUUGAGAAUGACAGGGCUAAAGUCCUGUGGAACUUCAAAUUCCAGAUAGACAAGCAGCUGGUGGCCAACCAACCAGACAUAGUGAUGGUUGACAAGGGAAAGAAAGCCACAGUCCUGAUCGACGUGGAGCCUGCUCCUUCAGCCAUUUUAGAGCUGAUUGCAUGCAAGUGUAAAACAUCAGUCCGUCCAGCCACUGCCAUCGGGAUCUGGGCCUCCAUCGGGAUCUGGGCCUCCUUCAAGUCCCAAAAAGUGGCGAAGAAGGGCAGCGGGGACAAAACCGAGCUGGCUCUGCUGGGAAACAGAGGCAUCAAACUGGUGGUGGGAAUCAUCACCAUGACAGCUACGUGGGUCGGAGGAGGUUUCAUCGUGGGCACAGCUGAGGCCGUCUACAAUCCUUCAAUGGGUCUGAUCUGGGCUGUCAUGCCCAUCGCUGCAACUGUGUGUUUCAUCAUUGGUGGUCUGUUUUUCGCCAAGCCAAUGAGAGACAGAAAAUAUGUGACCAUGAUGGAUCCUUUCCAGAUCAGAUAUGGAAAAGUGGCGACAGCGGCUCUGUCGGUGGCUUCACUGGCGUCAGAGAUCAUGUGGGUGACACACGGGCCAACAUAUGGAUUAGGUGUCACCAUGAGGGUGAUUCUGGAUUUGUCCUACACUGUGAGCAUCUGGAUCUCUGCUGCUGUGACCAUCACCUAAACCCUGCUAGGAGGUCUCUACUCUGUGGCCUACACCGACAUCAUCCAGCUUAUCCUCAUCUUCAUCAGUUUGUGGCUGUGUGUUCCCUUUGCCUUGAUGAGCCCUGCAGUGAUGGACAUCACCAAAACAUCCUACAACUACACCUUCCACUCUCCGUGGGUUGGCACUCUGGAGAGCGACAGAGGCUGGAUAUGGAUCGAUAAUUUUUUACUGUUGGGUUUGGGGAAUCUGGGCCUUCAGAACUUCCACCAGAAAACUCUGUCUGCUGCAUCCUCAUCUACAGCCAAGAUCACCUGCUUUGCUGCUGCAGUCAUUGUUCCCACCUUGGGCAUCCCUCCCAUAUUCCUCGGGGCAGCAGCUGUAUCUACAGACUGGAACUUGACUUCCUAUGGUUCUCCAUCUCCAUUUGAAUGUGGAGAGACCGGUCUGGUUCUUCCCAUCAUCCUGCAGCACCUCGCACCAACCUACAUCUCCAUCGUUGGCAUCGGGGCCGUGGCUGCAGCCGUGAUGUCAUCAACUGACUCCGCCUUAUUGUCAGCAGCCUCCAUCUUCACCUCCAACAUCUACAAGAACAUCCUGAGGACUCAGGCGUCAGAGCAGGAGAUCCAGUGGAUCAUUUGUAUUUCUGUGGUGAUGGUGGGCCUGGCCAGCACAUCUCUGACCUUCCUGGACAACAGUGUCCUGAUGAUCUGGAUGCUGCGCUCCGACCUCACCUACACCCUCGUGCUGCCACAGCUGGUCUGCGUCCUCUUCUUCAGCGUCUCCAACGGUUACGACGCCGUAAUGGGCUGUAUGGUGGGCGUUCUGCUGAGGGUGCUGUGCGGGGAACCGCUGCUGGGAUUACCGCCUGUCAUCCGAUUCCCAGGAUGCACUCUGGUAAACGGCGUCUACGUCCAGCGUUCGCCGAUCAGGACCAUCUGCAUGUUGUCUGCCGUGGCGGCCAUCUUGGCGUUUUCCUACCUGACAUCAUUGCUUUUCAAAAGAGGUCUGAUUCCUGAGAAAUGUGACGUGUUUAAAGUGAAAGAUCAGGCCUCACCACUAACUCAAGAUGGCACCAAAUUGGACACUAAGGAUGGGAACUCAGAACCACAGAAUGAAAACAAUGACGUAUCUUCACCGAUGUUGGAGUCACAUUUUUAGAUAACAUUCAGGAUUACCAUUCUUAGUUCUUGUGUAUGGACACUGUAAUAAAACUUU